AUUCAUCAUCAUCAGCCAAGCUAUGAACAUCUAAGGGUCUUUGGAUGUGCAUGUUAUCCUUGUCUUAGACCAUACACACAACAUAAAUUCGAUCCCAGAUCUCUUACCUGUGUCUUCCUGGGAUACAGUGAACGCCAUAAAGGGUAUCGCUGCCUUGUACCUACUGAUGGUCGUAUAUAUAUAAGUAGACAUGUUGUGUUUGAUGAGAAUUUCUUCCCAUUCACAAAGAAGUUGACAACUGACUAUGAACAUUAUACUACUCUGUACAAACAAUGGGUGGAAGAAGUUAAACUUCUUGAUUCUCAUAGUGCAGCACCAGUAAACAAUGGCUUCACUGACCAUCCAGCAAAUUUCCGGUAUAGUCCUACUUUGGAAGAUGAUCACACUGAUACAUCAUACAUUGUAAGUACGCCACAAAUUUCAUCUUUCACACACAUGCAAUCUGAUUCAGUUGCUGAAGAACAACCAGGUCUUACUUCCACAAGUGUCACACCAACUGACAUUGUCAUUGAUCAAGGUACUGUUGCUGUUCAUCAAGGUACCGCUGCUGUUCAUCAAGGUACUGCUGCUAUUCAUCAUAUGCAGACUCGACUAAAAUCUGGUAUUAUAAAACCAAAUCCUAAGUAUGCAUGUUUAGCUGAAUAUAAAGUGCCUCUGGAACCACGAUCAGUUAAAUCAGCCUUAGCUGAUGAAGGGUGGUACUGAGCAAUGCAAGAAGAAAUGAAUGCUCUGUAUGAAAAUCAGACCUGGAUACUAGUUCCUAGAACUAACCAGAUGAAUGUUAUAGGCUGUAAAUGGGUGUUUAAGACCAAAUUAGCACCUGAUGGUAGUCUUGACAGAUUAAAAGCUCGGUUAGUUGCCAAAGGGUUUCAUCAAGAAGAGGGAGUUGACUUUACUGAAACAUUCAGUCCUGUUGUUAAACAUGCUACCAUUCGUAUAGUACUUUCUGUGGCUAUGAUGAAAAAUUGGCCAAUACAUCAACUUGAUGUUAAAAAUGCUUUCCUACAUGGAGUCUUAAAUGAGACUAUGUAUAUGGAGCAGCCACCUGGGUUUAUACAUCCUCAAAAAUCUCAGUGUGUUUGUCUUCUCAAGAGGUCUUUAUAUGGUCUUCGUCAAGCACCACGUGCCUGGUUUGAUAAAUUUAGUAAUUUUCUUCUUGAAAAUGGCUUCUUCUGUAGUACAGCUGACCCAUCUCUCUUUGUUCUUCAUAGUGGUUCAGAUAUAGUACUGUUAUUACUCUAUGUAGACGACAUAAUUUUGACUGGCAGCUCAGCUCAGCUUCUAGCUACAUUGAUCAAGAAACUGAGCCUUCAAUUCCACAUGAAAGAUCUCGGAUAUCUUCAUUAUUUUUUAGGAAUUGAAGCCAAACGUACUUCUCAAGAUCUCUUUCUUUGUCAGACCAAGUAUGCAAUUGAUCUACUUAACAGAGCUCACAUGACAGAAUGCAAACCUGUCUCAACUCCUUUGCCACUUAGAUCAAUUGCUAUGACAAAUGAUGAUAUUCUGCUUGCUGAUCCACUUGAGUAUAGAAGUAUAGUAGGCGGUCUUCAAUAUUUGACGAUCACCCGACCUGAUCUUGCCUAUGCAACGAAUCUGCUAUGCCAGAAAUUGCAGCAUCCAACAAUUGCAGACUUUCAUAAAUUGAAAAGAGUCCUUCGCUAUGUUAAAGGAACAGCACAUCUAGGGAUCUUCCUCCAUUCUAAUAGUUCAACAGCCCUCUACGGAUACUCAGAUGCUGAUUGGGCUGGAUGUGCUGACACCAGACGUUCCACUACUGGUUUUUGCACUUAUCUUGGCUCUAAUCUUCUCUCUUGGUCAGCCAAGAAACAACCUACCGUAUCACACUCUUCCACCGAAGCUGAAUAUCGAGCACUUGCAUCAACUACUGCUGAUCUUACUUGGAUUAGCUUUGUCCUACGAGAUAUUGGUAUAUCUCUCAUAUCACCCACACUCUUGUUCUGUGAUAACAAAUCUGCUAUUUCUCUUACAGCUAAUCCCAUCCUACAUGCUCGCACUAAGCAUAUUGAAGUUGAUUUUCACUUUGUUCGUGAAAAAAAAGUAUCCUCAGGUUCUAUAAAUGUUCGAUAUAUUCCAACUCAUCUUCAGCUUGCUGACAUCUUUACUAAGUCCUUAUCACGUUUUGCUCACUCUACUAUUAGAACCAAAUUGGGUAUGAGAUUCUUAACCCUUCCCAAUUUGAGGGGGGAUGUUAAGGAAAUAAGAGCAACUCAGCCCAUGCAGAGGGAUUACUCUGCUGUCACAACUUCAACAAAGGAAGAUAAUGAAAGUGAAAGGGCUGCAGCUAUUGUAAAGAUCAACGGAAGUAUAGCACAAAGCAUAAAGCGAAGCACACAAGUCAGGGGAGACUAUUUGACUGGGAAAGCCACGUCAUGAAGGGAGUCGGUGAUGAAGACUUCACCGAAGACUUCAGUUUACACAUUGUGAUGAGCAAUUUCAGAGGAGAAUCGAAUGGUCCGCAGAUGUACGAGUCGGAAGAGCAAGGGGUUGAUGAGCCGAUGAGAGGGAUGGAUGAUUCAGAUUGGG